AUGGAAAUUGAAGAGCGCAAGUGGAAGUUAGUCAAAGAGAAUCAACGUCAGAUCGCACCAGACGGACUUGCUGAGUUAAUACCACUGAAUGUAUUUAUACUCCCAUCGACUGAGGAAACCAGUGAAUAUAUAGUCGUCUCAUAUUCAAUAGGGUUUUAUGUUUAUUUGUCAACUGACUUUAAAAGCCCACAAGAACCCAUUCGGAAGUAUGAGUACCCACAACCGAUAACCACUAGCUUUGUGUAUGCCUCCAAUGAUAGUUUUACGUUUGAAAUAUGGUUUGUAUACAAAGAGGAGAAUGACAACAACCGAGUGGCUUAUAUCGUGUUUGACCCAAAUAAUGAAGAUCUCUUCGUCGAUCAGAACAACAAAAAAGUCAAAUUCUACACCUCCCCAAAUGACACAGUAAUUAAAAUGGAGAAAGUUAAUGACAUCCUCGUCUUGGCUUCCCGACACCAUCUCGUCAUUAUCAAUAACAAAACAAUCGUCGCAAACAAGCAAUUCAACGAAGAUAUCACGGCUAUUUCUAAUGCAGAGAGUUUCAUAUUUAUUGGAUUCUUCAAUGGGAAAGUCAAGAGGUACAAUAUUAAAAAUGAACUCUUGAUCGAUAUCUUCGAGUAUAGAUUCCCAAUCACUUCACUUUCAUUCACUACAGAGUCUAUCUAUAUCGGAACUAUAGAUGGCAAAAUAUUUAGAAAAAUCAUCUCGCUCAAGGCAAUACCAGCAGAGAAAAACACCAUAAUCGAACUUGAUGGGUCUUCACUCUUUGCUAUAUUCAGUAACCACGACCCAAAGUUCCCACUUGUGGUGCUUACACGAGACUGUUUGAACAUCUUCGAUCUAACUUACCAGUCGGUUUCAUCAACUAAACUUGUGCUGCCAAACACGCUUUUUGCAGGAGUUAGCUUUGAUAGAGGUGCGGUUGUGGUUGUGUGUGGGAAGGAACUUUCCUUGUACAGAGCAGUGAUUUGA